UUUUCUUCAAAAUGAUAGUAUAGUCAGUGUAUCAUUAAUUUUUAUUUUCCAAUCAUUGUCUGGCAAGUCAAUGUGUCUAUAACCUGGCAGAAACGACUUUCACAUUUCAGAUUUGUCUACACAAUGGCUCGACCACGGACCCAGACAAACGGGACGGCACGGAAAAUGACUGGGUUUUAGACAUUAUGAAACGCAUAAUUAAAGCUCAUUUUCCUACUUUAGAGGCAGAACCGUCUAUAGUAGAGACAUGUAUCUAUACAAAUUCCCCCGACAAAGGAUUUAUAUUAGAUGUUCAUCCUAAGUGGAAAAAUGUCGUUAUUGGUGCUGGAUUUUCAGGUCACGGGUUCAAGUUGUCACCCGUUGUAGGGAAGUUGUUGUCACAGUUAGCAACCGGACAGCGACCGUCAUAUGAUUUGUCGCCAUUUAGACUCAGCAGAUUCUUAAAGAAUAAAUUAUAAAUAUGAAUAAAAAAGGUUUAAAAUAUACAAAGAUAUCAAGCAGUUUAUAUUUAUAUUAGGCUGUUUUUUUUAACUUUUUGUUGUUGAGACUUUAUGUAAUUUCAUUAAACAACCUGUGGAAUGAUUUGGAAUAAUUUGAAAACGGAAAAAGUCCCUGAAUGUUUUUUUUUCCAGAGUAAUACAUUUCAAAGCGUUAAAAACUUAUAAAAACCAUAGUUACUCCAGCAAAAAUAGAAAUAAGAAAGGAGAAAAAAGUGGUAAAGUAGCAUAAUAAUGGUACUUUAAAAAAUGCUCUCUUUAGUUUGAGUAAUGACUUUAUCUCGACUACAUACAAGCCGAUAAACACUUAAUCUUUGUUUAAGUCAUUACGAACAGUAUUUACGUCAGUAUGUCAACAUAUUUAUUGUCAUUGAACUGUUUAUGAUCCAGCAUUGAUGUAACGUGUAAAAAUAAUACAUCUUCAUAAACACACAAAUAAUGUAUCAUGGACUGUACAGUAUCUAGAACAAUUAUAGAAAUAUUUUAUGGUAGCUAGUAAACUCAGUACAAAAUGAAUUGUGAAACAUUCAUAGGAUAAAGUUCCGUUCACCAUCUUAUGGUCAAGUGAGGUCCGAAAAAAUGUCGAACUAAGCAAUCAAGUGCAUAUAAGUAGACCAUUUACAAGACAAAACAAGUUCUGGAGACAAUAACUCACCUUUUUACCGUCGUUUCAUAUUGCUUGAGCUGAAGAACAACAAUCAAAAUCAAUUAACUCAACAAUUAGUUCGGUGUCACUUAAGUAAGUUAAGUAAUUCAAAACAAAACAUAAAUAUGUAUAAAGUGAUAAUUGUUGAAGACCGAUAUAAACAUAAUUGUUCGAUGUGAGCGUUUCAUAAAAUUACAAAAACUUUUGCGUUAAAUUAAAUGUUGCUAAAUUUGUAACAUUAUUUCGUAAUAUGCAUUGUUAUACUUUAUCAGUUCAGACGCACCAAAUAUUUCAGCUGAUAAGUACAGUAACAGUAUGAGGUGGAGAGAGUAGCUUGGCACAUGCAUGCUUGUCAAAACAUACCAUUGUAUCCCCUGAACCAAUUUUACAUCAGUUUGAAUGAG